AUGGCGGAACCCGGUGCCCGCAGAAGGAGAUCUAGCAGUAUCCUCCAGGUCCAUUACGAACCCCAAGAGACACUCGAGCAGAUAAGCGACCAGGCCGUCGUGCCCAACCUCAAUGCGAACUGGGUCAAUGCCAAAGGCGCCUGGACAAUCCAUUUCGUCCUCAUCCUUUGCUUGAAGAUAUUCUACGAUGUCAUGCCGGGCGUGUCACAGGAGACAUCCUGGACUCUGACGAAUAUCUCGUACAUGUUUGGAUCCUACAUCAUGUUUCAUUACGUUCGCGGCGUGCCAUUCGAGUUCAACGGCGGUGCUUUUGAUAACCUGAACAUGUGGGAACAAAUCGACGAUGGGGCUCAAUACACACCCGCCAAGAAGUUUUUGCUCAGCGUGCCAAUCGUGCUGUUCCUCCUCAGCACGCAUUACACGCACUACGACCUCGCCUACUUUAGCAUCAACUUCUUGGCUGUGUUGGCAGUUGUCAUCCCCAAGCUGCCUUUUAGCCACCGGAUGCGGUUCGGUCUGUUCAAUGACUCCGAUUACUAA